AAUCCAAAGAAGAAGGAUGUUGUCGUCUGUUAUCUAACAAGUGGAGUUUUUCCUCUGUAGCACUUCAUUAAUCACUCUGUAAAAACACUUUCGUUUGUUUAGGACGCCGGAGCGAUUCCUGCGUUCAACAUAAAAUCCGUGGCGACAAAACAAAUGUGUGUAGUAAACAGCAGGAGAUUGUUUUUCAGCUAACAAGAUAAAAUGACAAUCUUUGAGAAACUGAAGAUUGACUUCGGUGAUGCCUAUUUUGGAGUGAAAAUCUUAACUUCUUCAUCAAAUUGAAAAAAAUCAAAUGAGAGAACAUGGUGGAAGAUGUGUUCUACAUCAACAAUUCAUGUUUAUUCCACAAUAUCCAGUAGAACUGCGAUAAACAUUAUUUGCUGUCCUCCGCUCCUGGUACGUACUCUUCGCAGCAAAUGCAACAAGUUUGGGCGGGGACAGAAAUGGCUGUGUGUACACUGACCAUGUUGGAUGGGAUGGAACACGAGGCGGCCGCAGCAGGUGGUGUGUUUCUCCUCGUUUUGGCACUCGUCUUGGCUUGGCUGUCCACCCACGUGGCAGAUCGAGGCGACCACAUAUUUGGUACCAUCCUCACUGCCGGCGCUCACGCCUCUCUGAUUGGACUGGGCAGCCAUGACAGCUACAGUGUUGGAUCGCCCAGCGCUAACACCCCUGAACAGCCGAGUCGUCCUGCUUUACAGGAGAACAAACCAGAGGAGAACGAGCUGGAGUCUGAGAGAGGAGAGGGGGAUGGAACCAGAGAGGGCACUGCAGGGAUAAGAACAGACCUGCUUCUGGACAUACAGAUCAAACAGCCACAGCUUGGAAUUCACAGUCUUUCUGAUGAGGAUGAUGAUGAUGAUGAUGAUGAUGAUGAUGAAGAAGAUGAUGAGGAGGAAUUGUGGGAGGAAGAUAAAAAGAUUAUAAGACAUAUUCCAUCAUUGUUGAGCAGCAUCAGAACCACGGCUAUAUCUGUCCGUCUGAAGUUCCUCGAUGACACAGAGGAGUUGGCUGUUAUGCAGCCGCAGGAUACAGUAGGAGCACUGAAAAGCAAAUACUUCUCAGGUCGUGAGAAUGAAAUAAAACUGAUCUACCAAGGCCAGCUGCUACAAGAUCCCAAGAGAACUCUGUUAUCACUGAACGUUACACACAACAGUGUGAUCCACUGCCACAUUACCUGGGCAUUGCUUGAAAUGAGUUCAGAAGAAGGGGAUCAUUCUGGGGCAGAUACCGGAGUCACGUCUGGGAUUUCUGGAGGAUUGAGAGCGGCAGGCAUGGCCGUGAGCACCAGCAGCCUGGUGGUGCCCGUGUUUGUGUUGGUUCUGGCCGUAGUCUGGUAUUUCCGUCUCAGCUACAGACAGUUCUUCACAGCUCCUGCCACCAUCUCCCUAGUGGGCAUCACUGUGUUCUUCAGCUUUCUGAUAUUUGGGGUUCACGGCCACUGAAAGGCAGAGGCGACUCAACCUGCCACUUAGAAAAUAAUAGUAAUAAUAAUGAUUUACAAGUGCAGCCGCAGCAACUGGCAUCUGGAGACAAAACUGUUGGAAAGAAGCUGUUACGAAGAUGCUUCUGCAGACUGGGUUUGAGAGUGUGCAGGCAGUUACAGUAGUGUUCAGAAUAAUAGUAGUGCUAUGUGACUAAAAAGAUUAAUCCAGGUUUUGAGUAUAUUUCUUAUUGUUACAUGGGAAACAAGGUACCAGUAGAUUCAGUAGAUUCUCAC